AUGAGCAAAAACAUCGAAUCAAUAACAACUGAAAUUAAUCAAACUAAACUAUAUCAUAUAAUGAUACCCAGAAGAUGUAUUCACUAUAACGAUAGUCUACAUUUGUUUCACAACAUAAGGAAAUUUUAUCAAUUUGCUCCACUAUAUAAAAGAUCACAUCUAGAAGAAAAUGAAGUAGCAUCAACACCUUCCAAGAACAAGCAUAGUCAAUUUAAAAAUAAACUGAAAUAUGAUCUGUCAAGCAGUAAGAAAAAAUCAGUGAUUACUACGGAAAAUGUUGAAAAAGUUUCUAAAUUCAUUGAAUUUCAAAAACAAAUGGGUUCUACUGCACAAGAAGAACCAAAGAGAUCCAAAUCUUCAUCAAAUGAUGAACAGAAAUCCCCAGAUGUUGUAUUACAAAGAUUGGACAAUUUAAUGGAUGCAAAAAGUCCUAAACCUAGUCGUCGAAAUAGGAAACAUGGAAUAAAAAGACCAGAACAUGAAUCUAAUUUGACUAAAUACCAUACAACUAGUGAAAAAAUAUUAGAAAAUGAAAUUAAACAAAGUAUACCACCAAAUAAAAAUGAUAUUCCAAAAUUAGCACAUAAUUUAGAUCGAGUAUUAUUUUCACCCGGUGUUCAUUUUUUACAAGAUCCAAGAACUAGAAUUUAUAAUUUUUCACCAUUUUUGAAAAAAGUUAUAAGUUAUAAAGAUUUUAAUUUUGAUGCUAUUGAAGGUUUUACACCAGCUUCAAAACAUGCUGAUUUAUUAAUGAAUGCACAAAAAUUUAAAAAACAAUUCUAUUCAAGUACUUCUGCCAUGACUCCUAUUUUGUCUAAAUUUUAUGCAUUAUUGAAUGAUUAUAAACCUUUAAAUGUUAAUAGAUUUGGUAAUAUCCCAUUCAAUGGUCUUAGUUAUUAUUUACCUGCAAGUUUGGUAAUUCAACCACAAGGGGAAUAUUAUGAUAAUGAAACCAAGAGUCAAAAACCAGUUUAUUCUAUCCUGUCAGAUAAAUCAUGUGAUUCAGAGAUUAUAUUAAGUGCAAUGGGUCAUUGUUUAGAAGUAUUGUUGACGAAUCCCGAAGAUGAAUUUGUUAAAUAUCGUAAAGAUUCCACAGGAGAGAAUCCACAAGUUGCACCAAGUACAUAUAAUUAUGCAUCAUAUGGUGAUUUCUUGAUGAGAUCACAAUUGGAUUGUUAUGAUGAACGAUUACCAGGAAAUGGAACAUUUGAUUUGAAAACAAGAGCCACGACAAAUAUUAGAUAUAGUUCUAAAGAUGCAUCUAAAGUUAAUAAUGACUAUCAAAUUUGGAAAUUAACUGGAGAUUAUGAAUCAUUUGAAAAAGAAUUUAAAGAUUUGAUAAGAACUGGAGCUAUGUUGAAAUAUUUAUUUCAAGCUAGAAUUGGACAAAUGGAUGGUAUUUUUAUUGCUUAUCAUAAUAUUAAUUCUAUAUUUGGAUUCCAAUAUUUACCUCUUGAAGAAUUAGAUAAAUUGUAUUACAAGGGAGCAGAAGAACCGACUAUUAUUCAUACGAAUGUUGAUGAAAUAGACGAAAGUCAGUUGAUUGACAAUUUACCUACUAUGAUUGGUGAAACACAAUUUAAAUUUUCUAUGGAGAUUUGGCAAACAUUAUUGAAGGAUCAUAUAUUGAAAGAUUUGAAUGCUGAGUUUGAUAAUAAACCAACACCAUUUAGAUUAAUUGUGGAAGCUUCAAAGAGUUUCAAACGUCAAGUUGAAUUAACCGUGUAUGCUGUUCCAAUAACAACAGAAGAGAUUGAAACAUUACAAGGGUUUUCUGAUCGUUUUCCAAGUGAUUUCAAACUGGAAAUGCCACAGGAACAGAGACUCAAGAAUCUUGCUAGACAUGCCGAAGAAUUGGAACAGUUUAAUGAAAAACUUAUCAAUAACAAGAAUGUAUUGAGUUACAAAGUGACUGUACAAUCCAGUACAAUUGAUGACAGAUAUUACGUGUACAGUUCAUUACCAAGCAGUAAAUUCAAUGACUGGAGAAUUAAAUAUAAUGUUACCAAAUUGGUCAAACCAAACAAUGAACAAUUACUCAAACUGCUUCAAAUGGGGGUUAAUUCACUAUCACAUGGGUUGGAUGAAAAAGAUGUUAAAGUUUCAACAUUUGCCCGUUCAUUAAACAAAUCUCAUUCAAUGUAUGAAAAAAUUGGGUCUAUUCGUAAGAAAUCUUGGGAAGCUAAGGAGAAAACCCCUGUUGUAUACCAUCCAAAGUAUAAGUUUUAA